AUGAUCGAAAUAACUCAAAUCGACCACGAGCUCUUUGAGCUUCACGAGAGAAGAAAUCCAGAAGAUGGCAGCCCGCGAUUUGAUAGCUCUUCUGCCGCUCCAAAUAUACAGAGAACGACCAUAGGGAAACGGCCAGAAUGUUUCAAGAGCACAUUUCAGGAGAUUUGUUUCAUCUUCAUGGCCACUUUGGCUAUGGCGACAAACAGCCUUGUGACUGGAGCCAUGAUUAUCGUGACUGCAUCAAUUGGAAGAGAUUUACACAUGACACAAGCCCAAAUCACUUGGAUUAGAAACUGCUUCAUUCUCAGCUUUAGUCUUGUGGCUAACGACAUGUCUAGUCUUUCUGCGGGAGCUCUCCAACUUCCCCUGGGCCAACUUACAGAUCUCCUCGGUCGCAAGAGCUUUUUCAUAGCUGGUAUGGUCGGCUUCAGCAUUAGCAGUCUUAUACUCGGCUUCGCUCGGAACCCGUUUUGGAUGAAUAUCCUGUGCGGCUUUCUUGGUCUCUUUUCAGCUGUCAUCGUCCCUCCUGCAAUUGGAAUACUUGGCGCUGCGUACUCCGAGCCGUCGAAGCGCAAAAAUUGGGCAUUUGCAUGUUUCAGCGCAGGAAAUCCCGUCGGAUUUGGGCUUGGGAGCAUUAUUAUGGGGAUAUCGGCCAGAAUCUUUGAUUGGCGCGCGGGUUUCUUCUUCUUCACGAUUCUCUGGGGAAUACUGGCCAUAGUGUCGAUUUGGGUUGUGCCUAAUAUUGAAGCCUUUGAACCAGGGCCAUUUAGAAAGAGACUAACUGAAGCCCUGAAAAAAUUUGACUAUGUCGGAACAGCUCUUACAAUUGUCGGCGUUGGCCUUUUCACAUCUGGUUUGACACUUGGCCCAGUGGAUGGCUGGAAAUCUGCUCAUGUCAUCGCAAUGCUCAUAGUUGGCUUCUUCCUACUCGUGGGGUUUGUAGUGUGGGAAAAGAAUUACCCACAUCCCCUGAUGCCUUUGCAUAUCUGGAAGGACAGAGGUUUUGCAUUUUUAAUGCCCGUCUCCAUCUUUGGAGUCAUGUCGAUGCUUUCCUCCAACUUUUGGCUCGCACUCUUCCUGCAAGAAUUUCAUCACCGGCCGGCUUUAACCGUUGCUGUAGAUCUGCUUCCGCAAGUUAUCUCUGCGCUCAUAUCCAAUGUUGUGGCAGCAAAUAUCCUCCACCGAGUCAAUAAUAGCCUCAUCAUGGCGUUUGGCGCCGCCAUGUACUUUGUCGCGAAUCUUCUACUUGCUGUUCAAAGCCCUCGAGCACCUUAUUGGGCCUUUAUCUUCCCAUCGCUAUUGACAAACGUCAUGGGUCUCGAUUUACAGUUCAAUAUAGCCAACAUGUACGUCAUGCAGUCAUUGCCAUCCCACCAGCAGUCAUUAGCUGGAGGCAUAUUUAACAUGUUUAUUCGACUGGGAGCAACUAUCAUUUUCGGAAUGUCUACUGUAGUAUACAGUUUGGUGAAGAAUACGGUAGAAGGCCAGGAUGAUGCCUUCAAAUCUUACAGGAGUGCAUUUUACGUUUCGCUAGGGUUUGCUUCUCUAGGUUGUUUAUUCGUCCCCUUUCUGCGUAUAGGGACACAGGGAAAUUCCCCAAAAAAGAAUAAUAUUGGAGUUUACGUGUCAAUUGGUACUCAGAGAAUUGCACUCUUAAACAAUACGAAUGGUUCCCAACUUAAGCUUGGCUCAGGCUUGGCUGCUUCAUUAGCUUUCGGCUUUCGGCCUUCUGGCUGGCGGCGGAAGACAGAGCUCCGAGUUGAGUGCGGCCAGUAG